AUGGCUGAGGAUGGAUUUGAUUACGCAGCUAAAAGAGAGAAUUUCUCCUGUCUUCGUAGAGAUGUCCCUUGUUACUCAUAUGUCUAUACUGAUUAUUGGCCCAAUGAGAGGGUGACUUUGAGUUUGAGCAAGCAUCAAAAUACAUGCAUGAGUGUUGAAAAUGCUACACCAACACCUGAAUCCCAUCAAUCAAUAUCUCCAAUUCAGGGAAAACGAUCUCCUAUUUGGCAGAAUUUUGAGCUUGUACUACUCGUGGUUAUUUGUCUCUUAUGGCCCAUUUUUGUGGAUAAUGACUGGAAAUUACGAUCUAAGGGUAUUGAAAGAAAAAUUUGUAGUAUGACUAUUGACAAUGCAAGUAAUAUGGAUUCUAUGGUUAGGAAACUCCAAAUUGAAUUGGAUGCAAUGGCUAAAUUACCUCUUGACGGCAAAUAUUUUCAUGUUAGAUGCUCUGCCCAUAUCUUAAACUUAAUUGUCAAAGAAGGUUUGAAAGUCAUUGAUGAAUCUAUUGCGAAAGAUCAGGAGAAUGUGAAGUAUGUUGAUUCUUCUGAAGCUAGACUUAUAAGGUUUAAGCGGUGUGUUUCUAGUUGUAAUUUAGCUACAUAUAGGUGUAAAGCUAUAGAUGGAUGUUCCUACUAG